AGGGCUGCUGCUCUUUCUGAAGGUGUCCAGGAAGACGCCUGUCCCUCUGCUCGGGGCUCCUGGGGCAAGAACCCCAGAAGGGCAGCAAGUGACCUCAACUCUUCGGCCUCGUCCGCCUUCACCGCCACUGGUACCUGCUCGUUCAUCUCUGUGGACUCAGCAGCAGGGGGUCAGGUGCGGCGAAGGCAGGGAGCAGGCUGAUGUCCCAAGGGCCAUCCACCGAGUUGCUGGAGUUCGCCUCUGGCUGGAUGGGGUGACUGAGGGCCGCGGGAAGUCAGAGAGACUCCUGCAAAGACCCUGCCGGCUGCCCCCUGGAGCUUGCGGAGUGCUGUUUAGCUCCUCUGGCUGGAAACUACGUUCCCACUCCAGCUCAGGGCUCUCCGAGGCGGCGGGUCAGCAGCUCUGGUCCCGCCACCAGGAGCCGGCUUCUGGCUUGGCCCAGGCCUCCAGACAGUGGUUCCCACUCCCGCUGGUGGAAGGGAACCACAGUGGAUGGUCCCAACACGGAUGGCCCCCUUGGCAAGCUGGCACAAUGGUGCCCGAGUGGGAGAUGGAGAGGACCCCCGAGGUGUCUGGCACCCGGGACCUGAGAGCCCACAGAGGGCACCAGAGCGGCACUGGGGCUGGUCGUGGGUGAUGCAGCGGCCCCUCCCGGGACGGCGAGCCUGACUGUCCCGUGGGCGGUCCAUGGUUGCACCACCAGCCGCCUGCGGCCGCCGGAAGGAAAAGAGAUGGUAGGGCUAGGCUCUGAGUGGGUGCCACGUCCAGGAAGGAGGAAGUCCCCCACAGCCCUGCCUGGCACGCAGGCACAGGCGGGCGAGUCACUGCCUCAGGCUCGUGGCCUCAGCCUGGGGAGGCCCAGGCAGUGGGUAGGAGGCGGUGGCCCAGCAGCCCCACACUUUCGGGAUAGGGAGUGCAGAGCUCAGAGCAGGGCCACGGUGCAGGGCGUGCGGUGUUCUCAGAUGCCACCCGUCCCUAGAGCCCUCCACGUCUUCCCCUACCAUCAUCAGAGCAACUCGGGGACAGAGAGAGCCCGGGUGCCAGGGGAGUGGCAGCAGGGCCCAGGUCUCGGCACCAGCACAGAGCAGGGAGGGCCGGGGCGGGUGAGGCCAGGGCCCGGCGUGCGGCUGUCCCUCCCAGCAGCUCUCCCACUGACCGCAGCCGUGACCAUCACCAUGUCAGACUAUGAGAAUGAGGACCAGUGCUGGGGCGCUCUGGAGAGCUUCCGCGUGAAGCUCAUCUCCAUCAUCGACCCCUCGCGCAUCACGCCCUACCUGCGCCAGUGCAAGGUGCUGAGCCCUGACGACGAGGAGCAGGUGCUCAGUGACCCCAACCUGGUCAUCCGCAAGCGGAAAGUGGGCGUGCUCCUGGACAUCCUGCAGCGGACUGGCCACAAGGGCUACGUGGCCUUCCUCGAGAGCCUGGAGCUCUACUACCCGCAGCUCUACAAGAAGGUCACGGGCAAGGAGCCUACCCGAGUCUUCUCCAUGAUCAUCGACGCAUCGGGGGAGUCGGGCCUGACGCAGCUGCUGAUGAGCGAGGUGCUGAAGCUGCAGAGGAGGGCACAGGAGCUGACGCAGCGGCUGGGCGCCCGGGACGAGCUGGCGGCCGAGCUGCGGCUGAAGGAUGGGCUGCUCCGCAAGCACCAGGAGCGCGCGCAGCGGCUCCGGGAGGAGUGCGAGGCCGGCGCCCGCGAGCUCCGGCGCUGCAAGGAGGAGAACUAUGACCUGGCUCUGCGCCUGGCCCGCCGGAGCGAGGAGAAGGGCGCUGCGCUCACCCACAGCCGUGACCUGCAGCUCGAGGUGGAGCGGCUCAGGCACUGCCUCAUGCGGGCGGAGGACGACUGCCGGGUGGAGCGCAGGAACACGCUGAAGCUGCGGCACGCCGUGGAGCAGCGGCCCAGCCAGGAGCUGGUGUGGGAGCUGCAGCAGGAGAAAACGCUGCUGCGGGCGCGCGUGCAGGAGCUGGAGGCCACCGUGCAGCCCCAGGGAGGGGAGCUGGACAAGAGCAGCCCCUACGUCCAGGUGCUGGAGGGGGACUGGCGGCAAGCGCUGCGGGACCACCAAGAGCAGGCCGACACCAUCCUGUCUCUGCGCAAGGCCCUGCAGCAGGGCGAGGCCCUGCACGCCCGGUGCGUGGAGGAGAAGGAGAUGUUGGAGCUGCAGUGCCUGGCCCUUCGGAAGGACUCCGAGAUGUACAAGGACCGCAUCGAGGCCGUGCUGCUGCAGAUGGAGGAGGUGGCCAGUGAGAGGGACCAGGCCAUCGCCACGCGGGAGGAGCUGCACGCACAGCACUCGAGGAGCCUGCAGGAGAAGGACGCACUGCGGAAGCAGGUCCGGGAGCUGGCCGAGAAGGCGGACGACCUGCAGCUCCAGCUGUUCCAGCGUGAGGGCCAGCUGUUGGCCGCGGAGGGCAGGCUCAGGCGGCAGCAGCUGGACGCGCUCGUCCUGAGCUCUGACCUGGAGGACAGCUCACCCAGGAACUCCCAGGAGCUCUCGCUCCCCCUGGACCUGGAGGCUGUCCAGCUCUCAGACAAAGGUGGCCCGGCCGAAGGGGACAACCCACAGCAGCCCUUUGCGGCUCUGCAGGAGGAGCAGCUUUCCCUGACCCCCAAUGACGCGAGCCCGAGCGGCGGGGAGCCCCCCGAGAAGGAGCGGCGGCGCCUCAAGGAGAGCUUCGAGAACUACCGCAGGAAGCGCGCGCUCCGGAAGAUGCAGCCCGGCGCGCGGCCGGCGGAGGCGGACUGGGAGAACACCACGGGCAGCGACAACACCGACACCGAGGGCUCCUAGCCAGCCCCGCGCGCGGGGACCACGCCGGGCCGGGGGGCGUGCUCUGGGCGGGCAGCACUGUCAGAUGCAGUUCUGUGAAUAAACGGCCGGGGUCCCGUA